CCAAAACAAAAUCUCACAAUCGUUCACGCACAUCACUGCAUACGAAAUGAAAACAAAGGCAUACAUACUUUAUCCAAAUACUAGUGCUUCCAUAAAACAUCCGUGCGACAACAGGAAUUAAUCACAAUGGAUUAUUCAAAAAAUACCAGCGAUACAGAGGAGGACCUAUUUUCUGAUGAUGAUGACCUCUGUGACGAUCAAUUGAUGAGUCCAAAUCCCAAGGUCAACUCGUCUUUCUUCAAUUUAUCUCAGACUCCUGUUGCAGUGUACGACCAGAGAGAAGAGACACCUGGUAAACCGAUUGUGCCAAAGACUCCUCUGACUCUGGCGCCGUUUAUAUCUAAGGCUGAUGGCUGGACAAGUGACAUGGAGACACCAGCAGUUGAUCGACAUCGUCUUAUCAUUCACUCGACAAAUCCUGUACACAGUGAUUGUGAUGAUGGCAUUACUCAAACUGCUGAUCCGACGACUCCUCUCCACGUCCGUCCUGACGACGGUAACGAUGAAAUCGUGCCUCUGUCUCAGGAAAUUGUCCAUCCCAAGAAAAAACAAAAACGUCCACCCAAGCGACGUAUUUUCGAUAAGAACAACACAAACUGUUCGACACUAUAUGAAGAUGAGGAGUUACCCCAGAGAGAUGAAGUCAGGAAAUCUCGAUCAUUGAUUUCCGACGUCGAGGUCGAGACAAAGUCUCCACUUCAGAGGCUAGAGCAAUUGAAAGAGCUCCAGAAGAGACUCCAAGAGAGAAAGGGCCUCGAGACACUGACAGACGAUGCCAUUCCUGACGACGAGUUCCUGAGGAGCUGUAGAGCCCUGGAGAUGUGUGAUAAGCCUACUCCAAGGGAAGAUACAACCCAGGAGAUCGUGUGCUCAUCUCUACCAAGAGAUUCUUCAGAGGAUUUUCCAUUCUCUCCAAUCAGUGAUGACCUGGAGGCUCUGGAGCAAGAGAAUAUCCCAGCUACAGUGCCCCUGACCCCUGUCUCGAGCCUCCACAACCUCACGCAGGAUAAUUAUUCUCAAAUAGACCUUGGCAUUGAUCCAAUGGAGCAGGACACGGUCCUGGAAAUGACUUACCUAGAGGACAAGGGGAUUGAGAUAAAAGGAGAACCAAUAGAGAUUGAGGAACCAGAGAAUGGCUUCAGGGGUUUCUCCAAGGAGGAGCAGGAGAGCAAAGAGCUCUGGCAGUUUCAACGUAUGUUUGUACUCCAGUAUGGUCGCCUGUCCCCGAAGAAACUCGAUUUUGUAGGUUUCCCCUUCGAGGAGAUAGAGUCAACUAGAACUAUAUUCCAGCUCAAUGACUUUUUUCUAAAUAAAUACCUGGAAAAAUACUAUGGGAUCAGGAGGCAGAUUGAGCCUAUGGUCGUAACAAUUGAGGAUACUGAAUCAGAGGAGUCUCAGGCCAUUGAGGAAGCCGUGCCCCAGCUGCAGGUCCUGACGCCACUGAUUGUGUCUGUUUAUUCUGGGUUUGAUACGGCGAGUGGAAAAAAAUUGUUCACCUCUGUGGAUAAAAUUUUCAAGGAGCAGACCAGGCUACAAAGGAAUGAGCCCACUGAGCUGCAGAGUAUUGACACGCUGAUGAGCUCGAUGGAUAAUCGAAAAUCAACGGGAGUAGAAAACAGUAUCGAGAAGGAGGGGUAUGUACAAUUAUUAAAUAUAGAAACAAUUAAGCCGAUUGAUAAAUUCAAAGAAACGGAAGCAACAGUCGAGGAAAAUGUAGAGGCUAAUGCGAAAUGUGAUAGAACAGUACCUUUACCACUUAACAGAAGAGAAUCUGUUUCAAAAGUGGCAGAACUACCUCAUAAAAAUGAUUUUCAUGGCUGUGGUGGGUUGAAAGCCUCUCUAAAUCCUGUUGAUCCGCCAGGAGAAGCUUUACCCGGUAUCGAUGAUCUAUUUAAUGACAAAUCCAGCGAGGAUUACUUUGAUUGCUUAAAUGAAAUAUCGAAUCUAAAGACUAAACGACGAUCUCUUCGGUUAAAUCGUGUAGAAUCACGCGUUAAAUCCUCAGUGCCUAAUGCAACGAUUGAUAAUAAAAAUUGGACUGAAAAUUGUGAUCCAAUACUCUCGAGAAUUUCCCCUGGGCGAGUACCUGAAGCAAACGCUGAUGAAGACGCGAGGCCAGUGUCAAUUACUUCAGGAUGUGGAAAUAAUGGAAUUGCUCCAUCAGUCGAUUCUCCACAAUUGAGAAAUUGUAAUUAUUCACCAGUACCCAAUGAUCCAAGCCAUAAUUACCAAUUUCCCGGAUUUGUGACGGGAAAUGGAAAAACGGCGCAGAUAUCGGAGAAGGCUUGGUCCACAGGUCUAGCGAUUGCUGAAGCUGGAAAGGAGGUCGAAGGUCGCGUAAAAAAUCAAUCACCACUAGGAAAUGUAAAAAAUUUGAAUUCUGGCUCAGUCAGGCCAUUUACACCAGUGAGAUCUGUCGAUGUGCAAUAUCCCCCUGGAUCUUCAAGAUCAAUAACAGACAGAUCUUCGAAGAUAUCAGAGGAACCCCUAAUGACCUCCCGAUCAACGACAAAUCCCUCAGCCCCGAUAAUUGGAUUCACAACUGGAAGUGGUGCCUGUAUAAACCUCUCAGAGGCUGUUCAGGAGAAAAUAAAAUCAGCGAUGCAAGAAUUCUCUGCUGAUUUAGACCAGCAAGACCCGACCCUCCUGGAGUUGUCAAGUAUAAAAAAUAAAAUUUGGUCAGCUCGACAUAAAACAACGCCUGGAGGAAAUCCGAUGAAAUCCUCCAGGCCCUUUACACCCCUAAAAGUCAAGAAACCUGAGCCCUCCACAUCAGCAACCUUCGGAUCGGCAUUAGGAUUCACAACAGCUGGUGGAGGGGCUAUAAAACUAUCAGAGGUUGCUCUGGAGAAAAUGAAAGCAGGUCUGGAAGCAUACACUCCAGCUGUCGACGAGAAUGACCUGAAUUUCUCAGAUUUGUCAAGCCUGAAGAAGCAAGUCUCGAGUAAUCGGCAUAAAACGCCCUCGAGUCUCUUAAAAAAUAAUUUAAAACUCGCCAAUUCAGAAAAACUCCCGAGGAGGUCGAGCCUUCCUUCUGUAUCCAAGCCCUUUACACCUCUGAACGUGAGAAAACCAGAGAAUCCUCCUCAGUCGACCCCCAACACAUUCAAAUCAGUCUGUGGCUUCACAACAGCUGGUGGAGGAGCAAUAAACCUCUCAGAAUCAGUCCAGAAAAAAAUUGAAGCUGAUUUACAGGCAUUUACUGCUGAAGUCGAGGAAAACGAGACGCUCACCACAACAAAACCAGAUAAUUCUGAUGAAAAUGCCCCAGUCAGGGCAAAACGAAAAAAUCCUCCAGACGAUGUAACUCCAUUCGGGAGAAAGAGGACGAGGAUUGCAGGCAGUGACCUCCAGGCUCGAAUGUUAUUCACCGAGAUUAAUGAAGAAGAUGAUGAGAUAAUCCAGUCGUCCUUGGGGUUUGCGAGUAAUAUUGAUACUGAAAAUGACAGGAUUCUCGCCUUGACCGUUUCCAGGGAAGUUCAAGCGAAUCCUUGUGCAUUUUUCAAAGACAUCGAUAAAGAUUCAAACCGUCCAUUUAGCAGGUGGUCCGAUACUUCGUGUCCUCUAUCCUCAGUCUCUCGUCCCCUCGAGAAAAGGCACUACUCCUUUCCCAACAAAACUCUCAACCUAAUACCCGAGAAAAAACUCCCCCUCACGAACCAGGAACUCAUCCCCGACGACAUAGUUUUCGAUAGUCAGGAAUUCUUCGACUCCUACGAGAAAAUUUCCACGAAAAUAAAAAUAAACGAGGUUGUAGAGAAGAGGAGAACCGAGGCAAUAAAAAAACAGGAACAAGUGAUCGAUACAAAGAGGAGAACUCGUGAAAGGCCAAUUCCUGGAUCCCUAAUUCUCAUUAAGGACCUAAAUUCAUCAACGAGGAUUUCUCUCCAGAGCUUGUGCCUUCCAGGAACUUCUCCAGGUCCUCGGGAUCACCAGGAGUUCUCUCUUAAAAAUAUCGACCCAGCAGUGACAUCCAUAACUUCCUCGACAGCUGGAAAUUACCAAUUCAACCUGGAAGAAAUCUCCAGGAGCUGCGUCGAGGGAUUGAUAUUGGGAGAUGAUGCCCUGUUGAUUCCAAAUGAGCACAAUUUCGCAGGGAUCACAGAGUUCAAACGAAGUUUUCUCGCCUCCCCAGGAGUAGACCCCACACUGGUCCCCAAUCACUGGGUGGAGAACCACUACAGGUGGAUUGUCUGGAAAUUAGCCUCGCUGGAUCGAUUGAAAUUCACGAGUAAAAAUCCCCCGAAGUGCCUUACUCCAGACACAAUUCUUAAACAACUGAAAUACAGAUACGACCGUGAAAUCGAUCAUGCAGAGCGUCCAGUGAUCCGAAGAAUCCUGGAGAAGGACGAUGCUCCAUCUCGACGGAUGGUACUGUGCGUUUCAAAAAUUAAAAAAACGACAAUCAACAACGAGACAGCAAUCACGAUGGAAUUGACUGAUGGCUGGUACUCAGUGACCGUGGCCUUGGAUCCAGCAAUGAUGAAUUACGUUCUUCAAGGAAAAAUAAAGGAAGGAGUGAAAUUAAUGACGUACGGUAGCCAGUUGAUGGGUGUCGAUGAGGGCUGCCAUCCCCUGGAGGCCCCCGGCCACAUCCGCCUGAAGAUCCACACGAAUUCAACGAGGCGAGUCAAGUGGUACACAAAAUUGGGCCUCCAAAAAUACAGUGGCCCCAUGGAAAUCUCCCUGAGACACAUCCACCCAAACGGCGGUCUAAUUGGCAAAGUGUCAGGAGUUGUGUCUCGUCUGUAUCCAAUCGUGUACAGAGAGUCAACAGCCAACGGUCAGACGAUAUUUCGAAACGCCAGGAGCGAAGAGAGGGCUCAGAUGUCCCUGGAGCACUCCAGGUCAUCCUUGUCACGUCGAGACGUGACACCUUGUUUGAAAAUGAGAAUAACCGAUGGUACAGCGCAUGCAGUAGUUACGAUCUGGCAGAAUGCCGAGGAAUGCAGUGAGAUGUUCAAAGAAGGUAAUUCGAUAUCAAUAGUUCAUGGAACGGCGUCGGGGAAGCGAUCCAAUGAACUCCAGAUCAGUGCCACUAGGUGGACGACAUUUGAUGUUAGAGCGUUGGGAAAAAAGUUGUCGUUUCCAGAAAGAAUUUUCACACCGCUCUCUGACGCAAUGACCCUGAGUUUUACACCUCAUUAUGGUGAGUUUGACACUGUGGGGAUUGUCGUAUCGAUUGGGCCAGCACCACAUGGGAUGAAAAAUUUUGAGACCGUUUAUUUGGCCUGGAGGAAUGACCAGGGUGAUGACAGCUUUCUCUCCAUUCUUUUCUGGGAGGGAGUUGCUUCUUAUGGUUACUCUGAUAUUGCCACUAUCGGAUCAAUAGUUUGUUGUGUUAAUUGCGAGUGGAGGAGAAAUACUUAUCGGAGCAUACCCACGGCAUUUUGUACCGAGAGAACCGUUAUUACGCGUAAUCCUAAACAGGGGAGUCAUUUGAGGAAUGAGUUUGAGUCACUGGAGUUCAGGAUUGGGAACGUGGAGGAUUACGUUGAGGAGUGCGCCAGGAGGAUUCAAGAGGAGGUGAUGAAAAAAUCCUCUUCGACACCUGGAAAUACAUCGGGAGUUUUGACACCGAAGGACAGAAGGAGUGCUGCUAUCAAGGGAAGACUUGAAAAACUCCAAGGGUAUGGACCUGUUCCUAAACUCUCGCCGAUCAAUCUCCCUGGGAGCUCGAGGGUUUCCCUCGAUUUCAAGUCUCCAUUUUCCGGCAGGAGAUAAUUUCUCAAAUGUUUAUAAAUAAUCAGAGUUUUCAUUUUUAUUUUAUACUCUAUUGUAGAGGCAAUAAAAAAAAAUUAACGUCAUGUGUUUCUUCGUUCUAGGAAUUAAUCACGGGAUUAUUUUCUUCGGUAAUGGGAUAUAGAUUAUAUUAUUUGAGAUAUAUUGAGCUGAACUUUACAUUCCACUGAUUUAUUUUCGUCAGAAAUGUGAGAAUGAAUAAAUAAAUAAAUUCCAUCGAAAUACCUUGCGAAAACCUGAGUUUCAGCCCUGAAAUAUUCCUUUCUAGAGCAAAUAAAAGACCGUUCAUUACCUUUAAGGUAGUCUUUCAUGCCAAACAACUGAAAACCAUCAACAAGUGUGAAUGGAUCAAUGAAUGGAACAGGUAU